UUCCGGUUUGUGCACAGUUAUUGUGUACGACUAAAUCUAGAUAAGAAAUUCAAGAAUAGCCCGAAACCUGGUAUUUUUCAUUGUCGAGGCCACGUUUGUUGUUAAGGGAGCAGUAUGUUUUCGACUAAAGCAGAGGGUAGUAAGGACUAGGUUAUCAGACGAAUCCAAUAUGUGGCUUCUAAGUCCGUUUUUGCAAAACCUGGCACUUUGGCGCUUUCUCCAAUUUUUGACGACUUUGAGGCAAUUUCGUGGUAUUACGUCUGUAUUAUUGUAUGGUAUCUAGCAAUAUUAGGAUAUAUCAAUAGACUUUUAUACACAUAGUCAACGUCUUCAAUAUUACACUCAAUGUUAUCGAGAUCUUUAGCUUGUACCAUGUUAUUGCUGUACGUUUAGCAGAACAUCAACAAAGGUGUAGAGUACACAGCCAGGAUGCCGUCCAAUAAAGAUUUUACCAUGUCCAUUCUGGUGGGAGGCGUAGAACUGCCUGAAUAUACAAAAGAUGGGACAUGCUUUGUGGAAAGCAAUCUCUUUACGCCUGUCAGCUAUAACGUCCAUUUGGAGGAGGAGGUUCAAGGGGAGACUGAGGCUCAGAGCUGGCCAGUGACCCCCUAUCAGAUCCGUGUAGCUGCCAAAUCUAACACUCCAUACAGUUACUAUAAGAUCUAUGUAGAUGGACAAAAGGCCUCACAAGUUGCUGUUCAUCCGGGAAAACACUGUAUAUCAGAGGGCUUCUAUGACGGGUCACAGAUAACAGAGUUCCUAUUUUCACUGCCUCGCUUCCCCAAGAAUGAGAAAGAUCGAAUAGAGAAGGGGAAGGCGUCCAGAAUAGGUGUGUUGGAGGUGGAGUGCUGGAACAGCAAGGUGACUGGGUACAAGAAGCCAAUCACCCACGACGUGGAGUACAGUCAGGCCAACAAGAAGGACAGCAGUAACGUCACUCAAGGUAAAUACAUGAUGGCCACAACCAAAAUGGGGAGAUCUUUGAGGACCACACAGAAGUCUUUAGUAGAAGACUGGACAUUGUUCAAUGUGCGAAGCAAACUCUCAGUGAAGUAUGUAAUGGGACACUCUCUUGUAGACAUGGGCUUCAAGCUCAAACCAAUCAGGAUACCCAUUCACCGGAUACCAGCUAGUGUUGUCCAUCAAACUACCUCAGUUGCCAAGCGGAAAAAACCAGGUCCUUUAUCCAAAAAAUUCCCAGUCCCUAGUCCAAGUAUCCAAGGGUCUGCAGAUUCUGAGGUGAUUGAGAUAGACAGUGAUGAAAGUGAUGAGGAGGUCAUUGUCGGGGAUGUGCUCAGUUCAAAGAAACAGAAGCUGGGGGAUACUAUUAAUGUGGACGAAUCGAUGGCUUCUGAAGCUGACAAUGACGAACCGAGUGAGGGAACGAGCGGUGACAUGGAUAUCAAGACGGAAGCCAUAGAGGAUGGGGACAAAGAGGACGGUGACAAAGAGGACGGUGACAAAGAGGAUGGUGACAAAGAGGACGGUGACAAAAAGGACGGUGACAAAGAGGAUGGUUCAAAGGAAGCUGAAUCUAAGGAUGAUGAUUCUAAAAGUGACAAUAAUGAGGAGAACAUGGAGACUGAAGGCAGUAAGGAUGACGCUGAGGAUAAGGAUAAGGAAGAUGAGGAAACUGAGGCAGGAGGUGAUGGAAAGGAAAGUGGCAAGGAGGAGGAACCAGCCAAGUCAGGUGAAGCCAAUGAGGUGGAGAGUGGAGAUGGUGACGAGAAGGGGGAAAGUGAAGAUAAUGGGGGCAAAGGGGAUGCUGAAAGGGAUAAGGGAGAAGAUGGAGAUGAGGACAAACCAGCCGACAGUGGAGAGGGGAGUAAGGAAGGUGACAGUGAGCCGGGGAAGAGUGGAGACGCUCCUGAUGCCCCAGAGCUGAAGGGCGAUGAAGAGAGCAGGAAGGAGGAUGAAGGGGAGGCUAGUGAGGAGAAGCAGGCAGAUGAAGAUAGAGACAACGGCAAGGAGGGACAGGAAAAUGGGGGUGAUUCAGAUGGACAAAAUGACAGCACUGAAAACAAGGACAAUACCAGUGAAAAUACAGACAUGAAAUGUUCCGAUGACAAUAUGCUGGACAUUGACUUGUUUUGUGCUCUGAAUGAUAUUGAUGAUUGUGACAAUGAUGCUGCUCUAUUAGAUUGAAAUCACAUUUGUCCUUACCGGAUGGGACUGAUACGAGAACAUGUCUCCCCUAAUUAAAUACCAGAUGAGGCUAUGCUUCAAGACUGUUACAGCAGCAUAUCUCUCCUCAUACCGGAUGGAGUUGAUAUGAGAGUGUACCUUGCCUUGGACCAGGUGAGGCUAUGCCUCAAGACUGUUACAACAACAUAUCUUUCCUCAUACCGGAUGGAGUUGAUAUGAGAGUGUACCUUGCCUCGGACCAGGUGAGGCUGUGAUUAGACUUAAUCAGAGCAUGUCUCUGCCUGCAUUGUUUGGGGUGAUGAUUCUUGGCAGAUCUGAGAGCAAACAUUGCCUCGCACGCUGGUAGAAGCUGACGGAUCUGAGAGCAACCAUUGCCUCGCACACUGGUAGAGGCUGACAGAUCUGAGUGGUUGAGCGGUGUUUUGUUGGAUCCGCUUGGAGUUCGUAUCUAAUGGCAGCUCAUGCAUAUGUAGAGACUUCAUGAUCCUGUAGCGAUAAGCAUUACAGUCACAGCCAAAGGAAAGCUGGAAAUGUUAGUGUUCAUCUUGUGCAGACCUAGCACUAAUAUGGUGCAGAUCUAGUGCUAAUCUGGCUCUGAUUGAAUACAGAUCUUCUGUUGUCUAGCGAGGUCUUGUACUAACCUGGCUCUGAUUGAAUACAGAUCUUCUGUUGUCUGGCGAGGUCUUGUACUAAUCUGGCUCUGAUUGAAUACAGAUCUUCUGUUGUCUGGCGAGGUCUUGUACUAAUCUGGUGCUGGUCAAGUGCAGGUCUGACAUUGUUUGAUGUCACACUACCAUUUGAAGUGAAAUGUUGUGUUCCUCUGAACUGUUUUCAACCUGUAAUUAAUCUGUGUGUUCAUUGUUUGUCAACAUAUGUGUUUGAAUGGGAAGAUAUGUUUGUGGUUCAGUGCCUCAGUUCAGCUCAUUCCUCCAGUCCGACAUUGUGGUCAUAUUCAAGGGUUGUUCGUAUAGUGUUCAAAACCACAUCUUUUAUCAUAAGAGUGUUGAGCAUUAUGCUGUGGGUGAAUGCGUUUCCUAAAACAAUAAGCUUGACCUUCCUCAUCCUAGACUAGCUCAAUCCAAGUCAUGAACUCAGGGUACAAUUACUGUUAGUCCCAUCUUGUACAUGUUGUCAUGGGAACGAGUAGCAUGAGAGAUGUCAAGUGUGGUCGAAGUGUAGUGGCAAGGGAGGUAACUCAGGUUCUGGUGUUCAACUCAUCCCUACUCUGUCCAAGACUGGUGUAAAGUUGUACAAGUUGGUGACUGAGCCCUUCCCCUUGUUUCAUAGUGCACAGAGCUCCAGAUAAGAUUUGGUGUUGUGGGUAUUUUACCCAUGCAUUUUAAAAUCAUUGGGUAUCAGUAAUUCUAUCUGGGUAUUCAAAUUUCUGUUACCCACUGGUUGUUACACAUGUGG